CAUCGCAACUAUCUUCGUUAGUUGUUCCAUAUGUCGUAGACUAAACGUCAUGGAAGGUAUGACAACAGCACCAUAUGCACCGGUAUAUGAUGAACAGAUUGUAAAACGUUUUGAAAAUGAAUUUUCAAGAAUUAAAGGAGAAUGUUACCUGGACCAUGCAGGAGCAACUUUGUAUUCUGACACUCAAAUAAAAAAUGUUGCUGCCGAUCUUCAUCAUUCACUUUAUGCUAAUCCACAUUCUAUUGGAAGUGCUAGCAAUGUGACACAAGAUAUCAUAGAACGUAUGAGAUAUUUGAUAUUGGAUCAUUUUCACACAUCUUCUGAAGAAUACAGUGUUAUUUUUACAUCAGGUGCAACUGAAUCCUUAAAGAUAAUAGCUGAUACAUUCUUGUUUCAUAAGGAUCAGACAACUAAUGUAUUGUCCUCUCCAGGACACUUUGUAUAUACACAAGAUAAUCACACUUCAGUUCUUGGUAUGAGAGAAGUUGUUGUUAAAAAAGGAGUUAAAAUAACUUGUUUAAGUCAUGAUAAUGCUUUUGAAAUUCUUAAUUACCCUUUGAAAUCUUUGAGUUCUUGUUCACAACAGGACAGCAAUUCACUCUUUGUGUAUCCUGCACAGUGUAAUUUUUCUGGAUUAAAAUAUCCUCUAAGAUGGAUCAAAGAUGUACAUAGAGGAGUUCUCUCUAACAUAGUUGAUGAUAUAUCUACCAAGUGGUAUGUUUUACUUGAUGCUGCUAGUUUUGUAUCAACAAAUGACUUGGAUCUGUCUACUUUCAAACCAGACUUUGUGUCUCUGUCCUUUUAUAAAAUGUUUGGAUAUCCUACUGGAAUUGGGGCUCUAUUAAUAAAGAAUUCUAGUACUGAUGUACUGCAAAAAGUUUAUUAUGGUGGUGGUACUGUAGAAAUUUCUUUGAGCUCUGAAAUGUUCCAUGUAAAACGUCAAAAUUUGCAUCAAAGAUUUGAAGAUGGCACUGUAUCAUUUCUGUCUAUAAUAUCCUUAAGACAUGGUUUUGAGAUAUUAUCAUCUAUUUCAAUGGAAAAAAUUUCAAAGCAUGUUUUUAUCCUUGCAAAAUUUUUAUACAAAUCUUUGUUGAUGCUUCAUCAUAGAAAUGGACAACCAGUUGUAAAAUUGUAUUCUGAUACUGUUUAUGAGGAUUAUAAUUUGCAAGGGGGUAUUAUUGCAUUUAAUCUUAGGCGCUCUAGUGGUGAAUAUGUAGGAUACAUGGAAGUUUUAAACAUGGCAGCUUUAUUUAAAAUACAUCUUAGGACUGGUUGUUUCUGUAAUCCUGGUGCAUGUCAAAGGCAUUUAGGAUUAUCAAACGAAGAAGUACUGCAGAAUUAUGAUUCUGGAUAUAUUUGUGGAGGUGGUACAGACUUAAUAAAUGGGAGACCAACCGGAGCUGUGAGAAUUUCAUUUGGAUAUAUGUCCACAAUUAAAGAUGCUCAAACUUUAUUACGUAUGAUUGAAGAAUGUUUUGUAGAUAAACCACGACUGAACAAAAUGCCAGUUUGGUGGACAGAUUAUAAAAAAACCUUAGAUAAAAAAUAUUACCACCAUAACGCAAACAUGGACGAUAUAAGCGAUAACAUAAAAAGUAGUACAAAUGGAAUUAUUGAUAAAUUACAAAAUAUAAAAGAAUCAGUCAGUCAUUUUAUUAAUGAUAAUCAGUUUUUAAAAUUAAUGACACCUACUAAUGCAACCAAAAAAGAAUGCAUUUUGGAGCAAUUAUACAUAUAUCCAAUAAAAUCAUGUGCAGCUUAUAAGAUAACAGGUUCUUGGAAUUUGAAUUCCAAAGGUUUACAAUAUGAUAGAAAAUGGAUGAUUGUUUCAUCUUCUGGCACUUGUUUGACACAAAAACAACAUAUCAACCUGUGCUUAUUGAAACCAAUUAUACUUCAAGAAAAAGGAAUUAUGCAGUUGAAUUAUCCAGGAAUUCCUGCAAUUGAUGUUCCUUUACAUAAUGACUCAAUACAAACUGUAGAAGAAACAAUGUGCCAAAGUCGAGUUUGUGGGCACAAAGUAGAAGGUCUUGACUGUGGUUCAGAUGUUUCUGAAUGGUUAAGUUUAGCAUUAGGUUUACCGAAUUUGAAACUUAUAAGACAAAGUGAUUGUGAUAGCAACAAAAAAGGAAACAAUAAACCAGAGUUAUCAUUUUCUAGUCAAGCUCAGUAUUUAUUAAUAAACAAAGCAAGUGUAUUAUGGCUUAGUGAUAAAGUAUCUGGUAAAGAAGUUCAGAAAGAUACAAUCAUACACAGAUUCAGAGGAAAUAUAAUAUUAAGUGAUUGUGAACCUUUUGAGGAAACACAUUGGAAGCAUAUGUAUAUUGGAAAAAAUAGUUUUGCAGUAACUGGUCCAUGUACCAGAUGUCAAAUGAUAUGUAUUGAUCAAACCACUGGUGUAAAAACUAUUGAACCAUUGCGUACACUUGCAGAACAAUUUCAUGGAAAAUUAAGUUUUGGUAUUUAUUUAAUCAAACAAACUAAAGAAGAUGGGAUCAUCUCUGUUGGAGACAUUGUUCAUAUUUCAUAAGUGGGAAGUUGUGUCAUUGGAUACAAAGUGCAAUAUCCUGAACGUCAUAGGAUAUAACUUCUUAAGACUACAUAGAUUUUUACAUUAUGAAUGUACAUAAUAGAAUUAGUAUAUUAUUUUGCAAAUUAUAGUUUAGAUUUAAGAAUUGUUUAUACUAAGUAUUAUACGCCAGUGUCGGUUUUAGUCACUCUGACACUCCUCCGCCGUCCUCUCCCAGGGGACGAUGGGGGGUCAAUGUUAAAUAAUAAUUGUUAUUACUAAUUAAAAAAUAAAGUGUGCUCUACUACUAUAA